UCUGUGUAGCCCCUUCAGUGCCACCUGUCAGUGUCCAUCAGUGCCACCUGCCAGUGCCACAUCAAUGCCACAUUUCAGUACCUACCAGUGCACAUCAAUGCCACAUAUCAGUGCCCAUCUGAGCUGCCUUUCAGUGUUACCCAUCAGUGCCAGUCAGUGCCACCUAUCAGUGCUGCCAAUCAGUGCCACCUAUCAGUGCCAUGCCCAUCAGUGCCCCCUAUCAGUGUCCAUCAGUGCAGCCUAUCAGUGCCCAUCACUGCAGCCUCAUUAGCGCACAUCAGUGAAGGAGAAAAAUCACUUAUUUACAAAAUUUUAUAA